CUCCGCCUGUCUGGAUGUGGAAAUGACAGUACGAGAGACUUGCAAGCUGCUGAGUCGCACCAACGAGCCGCAAACUUGUCAAGAGUGAAACUGUCACAUAUCUCCAUCAAACCUGAACUGCGAUCGGUUGGAUUAAAGUCGGUUGUUUUUACGCGGACGUCCUGGGAUCAGCGCUAAGGUGACAUGGCUGCCUUGUUUACUGAGCUACCCUCCUAGACGUCCUCAUUUAGUGAUAUAUAACUACACAACCCUGGGAUCCACACAGUUAUACACACUUGUGGCUCUAAGUUGUGUCAGGGAUGACAACCUCCUAUCUGAAUGGCCAUGGAGGAGGAGAUGAAGAGCUGAGGUUAGGACAGCAGCACAGGGAAAUGGCCGUCGACUGUCCAGGAGAACUGGGGAGCCGAACACUGCCAGUCCGACGAUCUGCGCAACUGGAAAGGAUACGACAACACCAGGAGGACCUUCGUCGGCGUAGAGAAGAGGAGGGUCGGCAGCUGGAUCUGAACGCCUCCCUUAGGCUCAAGAAGCUCUCCCAGAAUCCCCACACCGGCAUUGACAACCCCACAUUCCUCCAGGAUACAUACACACCACAGCAGCCGCCACUCAGCAACCAGCACCCUUCGCUAGAGUUGGAGGAGUUGCUACUGUCACUGAAGCAGGUCCAGGGCUGUUUGUCUGACCAACAGAGUCAGAAUGACAUAGAACUGGUUCUUGCACUACUAAACAAGUCUGAUUUCCAGUCUGCACUUAAGAUACAUAAUGCGGUGGCUAGCAGCAUGCACCGACCCUCCCCUCCAUACCCCCACACACACCAGGCACUACAACUGGCACAGGAGGUCAGAAAUCUCAGCCAAACAAGUCAGAACAAAGAAGGACUGGAACUCUCCAGUCUGCUGUCGGACACACACAUCCAGUCUUUGCUUCUGGCACAUGACAGUAUAGCAGAGAGAGAAAUGGAACCAGAACCACUGACUAGCCAAACAGAGACAUUGACACAGUGGGGCGGAGAGACUGUAAAGAUUGUCCACAUAGAGAAGGCCCGAGACAUACCACUGGGGGCAACGGUCCGUAAUGAAAUGGAGAGUGUGAUUAUCAGUCGAAUUGUUCGAGGUGGAGCAGCCGAACGCAGUGGACUUUUAGCAGAAGGCGAUGAAAUAUUGGAAAUAAAUGGCGUUGAGAUAAGAGGGAAAGAUGUCAACCAAGUCUUUGAUAUUCUUGCGGACAUGCAUGGCCUUCUGACCUUUGUCCUCAUUCCGAGCACUCAGAGCAAACCCCCACUCGUCAAAGAGACUGUGGUUCACGUAAAAGCCCAUUUUGAUUAUGACCCAUCAGAUGACCCCUACGUGCCAUGCAGAGAGCUGGGCUUGUCCUUCCAGAAAGGAGAUAUUCUUCACAUCAUUAGCCAGUCAGACCCGAAUUGGUGGCAGGCUUACAGGGAUGGAGAUGAGGAUAACCAGCCUCUAGCUGGAUUGGUGCCAGGUAAGAAUUUCCAGCAGCAGAGAGAAGCCAUGAAACAGACGAUAGAAGAAGACAAGGAACCUGAGAAGCCAGGAAAGUUGUGGUGUGCGAAAAAGAACAAAAAGAAGAGAAAGAAGUUGCUUUACAACAACAAAAAUGAUGAUAUUGAUGAAGAGAUUCUGACCUAUGAGGAGAUGGCCCUGUACCACCAGCCGGCCAAUAGGAAGCGGCCAAUUGCACUGAUUGGACCAACAAGCUGUGGGCAGGCAGAGCUUAGGCAGAGACUGCUAAAUAACCAGCCAGAACGCUUUGCUGGAGCUGUACCACACACAACGCGGAGCAGACGAGAUGGCGAGCUGAGUGGUCGAGAUUAUCAUUUUGUUUCUCGUCAAACGUUUGAGGCGGAGCUGGCUGCUGGGAAGCUGAUUGAGUCCGGUGAGUUUGAGAAGAAUCUUUACGGGACCAACACUGACUCAGUGAGACAGGUCAUCAACACUGGAAAAAUAUGUGUGCUCUGUCUGCACACUCAGGCCUUAAAGGUGCUGAGGACUUCAGAUUUGAAACCUUACAUCAUUUUCAUAGCCCCACCAUCCCAGGAAAGACUCAGAGCCCUGUUAGCUAAAGACAACAAGAAUCCCAAGCCAGAGGAGCUUCGAGACAUCAUUGAGAAAGCACGGGAGAUGGAGCAGAGCUGGGGUCACCUGUUUGAUGCCAUCAUCGUCAACACCGACCAGGACAAAGCUUACGCUGAACUGCAAAGACUCAUCAACAAGCUGGACACAGAACCUCAGUGGGUGCCCUGCUCCUGGCUGCGCUGAUACACACACACACACUCACACACAAACGCACAGUGUUCAUAGUGGGUAUACACAGUCCGUACUUCGGCUUGGUCAAAUCAAAUACUUUUGUCAAUACACUUAAACAUGUAUGCUGUGCACACUGAGUACUUGGUUCCUGAAUGUUGACACAGUAGUGCUGUCCCAAAUUGAUUACUGUCAUUGCACACUUACCGAAGAUGACAAUUGCAAUAUUUACCCACUUCUUAUUAAUUAAUACUAUUUUUUUCUUUACUACUUUCUGCCGCUUUCAAUGUUCAGUCGCCUUUAUUUCAUGUUAGUCCCUCCCCUUCCUCUGCAUAGCCAAGACUAGCAACUCACUAUUUUGGCUUUUUUGAGUGCAACAUCCGGGUACUGACAGUACACUACGUUUUGCCAUACAGUAUACAGUCAUCCCCCGCUGCUUUGCGGUUCAAAUUUUGCAGCUUCACUCUAUAGCAGUUUUUUUUU